AUGCCGAAGCCAAAGAGAUACUCGACAACAGGGGGCCUUCGACGCGAGGAUUCGGACGAUGAACUCGGAUAUGAAGAUCACCCCUGGCAAUGGAUCUAUGAAGACGAGAACGGCCACAGCACACCCCAAGAAGAUGAGUCCACACCCUCGAAGAAACGCAAGGCGCACGCCCUCAACCCGAAAAGGGCUUCCAUCGUGGGAGCGCGCAUGGGUUCCUUCGUGGUGCGGAUCGGGGAUUCGGUGCUGCUGAAAUCUCCCGAGGAAGGCAAAGAUUGGGUGGGACUGGCGUGCUCGUUCUCCGACACUAACGAAGACGGGGAAGACGAGAUGUGUGUGUACAUCCAGUGGUUCUGCACGCCGGAGGAGCUGAUGUUCGGCAAACGCUCCAAGAUCCCCCACGAUGUGUUGCCCAAUGAAUCCUACAUCACGACCGACUUCAACAUGAACCCACUGACCGCCAUAAAUGGAAAGGCAACCGUGCUGUCCAAGGAGGCCUUCUUACAGAAAUACCCUGGAGGCGAACCCCCGAAGUCUAAGGCGGCCGCGAACCGAUAUGCUAAGACCAUUCUGUGCCGGCGGGGGGUCAAGCAGAGAACAGUACGAUUCACCGAGGACUUCGUGUGGGAACAGAUCUACAGCGGUCCCGAGGAUCUCUUGGACUUGAUUGAUUGGAUCAAAGAGCAGACGAAGGGUCGGAGGAAGCAGACUCUCAAAACCGAGGAUGUGGAAUACGUGCAGCAGAAGGAGACGGUUGGUGAUGAGCCCCGGACUCCUCACAAAAGAAGGAAGACGACAGCGACAAUUUCCACUCCGAGGUCUUCGGCAAAGGCCUCUAAAUACAGCACGCCAACUCACAAACGGAUCAUGAUUAAAAAGCCUAUCGAGAUCACUCCUCUGGGCACUCGCGUCCUGUCUCCUUCUCAGUAUAUGUCGACACCAUAUUCUCAUGCACGUUCGACACUGCACGUUUCUGCCGUCCCGACGUCUCUCCCUUGCCGCUCUAAUGAAUUCCACACCGUCUAUUCUCAUCUCUACUCCGCCAUCGUGGAUGGCUCCGGCGCAUGCAUCUACAUCUCUGGGACACCGGGGACGGGGAAGACGGCCACGGUCCGCGAAGUGGUCGCAUCACUCCACGAGGCGGUUCUGAAUGAGGAACUCGACGACUUCAACUUCGUCGAAAUCAACGGCAUGAAGGUCACCGAGCCGCACCAAUCGUACUCGCUCCUGUGGGAGGCGCUCAAGGGCGACCGCGUCAGUCCGCAUCACGCGCUGAGCCUUCUGGAGCAGGAAUUCUCGCACCCCUCGCCACGCCGCAUACCGUGCGUCGUGCUGAUGGACGAACUCGACCAGCUGGUGACGAAGAAUCAAAGCGUCAUGUACAACUUCUUCAACUGGCCGGCCAUGCGACAUUCGCGACUUAUCGUUUUGGCUGUCGCCAACACCAUGGAUCUGCCCGAGCGGACGUUGUCCAACAAGAUCAGCUCGAGACUAGGAUUGACCAGGAUAACGUUCCCGGGCUACACACACACACAGCUGAUGGAGAUCAUAUCGUCGAGGUUGGAGGGUGUUCCGGGCAAUAUCGUUGACAAGGACGCCGUACAGUUUGCAAGCCGCAAAGUCGCCGCCGUCUCCGGCGACGCCAGACGGGCACUCGACAUCUGCCGCCGAGCAGUGGAAAUCGCCGAACAGUCUCAGGAAAAGCAGAAUGCGGCGUCUGGAGAUAUCAACGAUGACGACGUCACAGCAACCACCCCGAGCCGCAGAGGAAGGAAUGUCCCGAAGGACAAGGUAAAUGGCGGUGGGCAGGAAGAAGCGGCGCCGAAGCGACUGGCAAGGGUGACAAUCGCAACGAUCAAACAAGCGAUCAACGAGGCCACGUCGUCUCCGGUCGCGCAGCACCUGCGCUCCCUCCCACUGGCCUCGAAGCUUCUCCUCGCGGCGAUAUCUGCACUCAGUCGCCGCACGGGCGUCGCCGAAUCCACCAUGGGAGACAUUACCGUCGAGGCGAAGCGCAUCAUGGAUGUCGCGGACAACAGUUCCAUCCAGGACUUCUUGCACGCGGACGACACAGUCGGAAAGAGCACUUCUACUUCCACCUCCACCUCCACGUCUGUCAUGCCCCGGAUUCUGGCGUUGGGAGGGGCCGCGAUGGCGUUAGUGGAGGCGGGUGUCAUCGCGAUGGAAAUGAGAGGGAAGGGCGAAAGAGCGGGAAAAGUCCGACUGCGAGUGGGAGAGGAAGAAGUCACGAGCGCGUUGAUGGGCGACCCUGAAGUCAAGGGACUGGGGUUUUGA